AUGCCCAAGUCCUCGGACACCAGACAUCCCUCCCCGCUGGAACCGGUCAUGCAGGACCAGAAAACCAUGUUCUUCGGAGCAUACGCGCAGGGGCCACUGGCCGGGCUCAGGUCGCAGACACGGCGAUAUCCCAUGGUGAUCCGGCUUCUCAACACGGUCAUUCACACAUUGUGCGGACCCAUCACGCGCUCUACACUUUUUCUCUCCCGCAACAGAGCCAUUGGCUUGCACACGGACCCGAACAACCACCGUGAUGUCCCUAACUACCUCAUCCCCCUGUCAAACUUCGAGGGUGGCCAACUGUUCAUCGAAUCCCAGCACGGGGACUACAGCCUCGAGGAGGACGGCAUGCGGGGCUACGUCCAUGAGACGCUGUCGGAGUCUGCGCAGCAGCUACUCAAGGACCUCGGUCUGAACGGACAGAGGCCACGGCAACUCUGGCAGCGUCGCGACGUGCAUGGCUUCACCGGACAGGACACGGCAUGGAUAGACGUAGCACGGGUGCUGCAAGCCGGGAGCAUUGCUCGCUACCAGAAUCCCGCCAUGGACCAAGAGACCGCUCGUCCCGACGAGAGACCUUUCCUGGUACUGAGCGACAGCACCCUGCAGCAUCUGCUCUUCUCCCGUGGAAAGGGCCAAUCCUACGGGGUGGAGUCAGUCAUGGGCGGCUAUGCGAUCAUCAGUCCAGGAGCGACACUGGUCGCGCCGUACAAAUCGACUCCUCACAACCCCCCGGUUCUGGAAAUACUAGCGUGGCAUUUCAUCCAAGUACUGGAGGCAUCGAGUCGCUCCACUACGACCUUUCCGGUCCAGCACCAGGGACUCAAGCAGUGCCUUGUGGAGGCCUUUCAUCGCCCUGUAAACGUGGGGCUCAUCCCCUUGAGGGAGAGUUUGCCGUCCCACAAACAAGGUGCGUACAACUGGCUGGCCGACGUUCGGGACGAGUAUG